AUGCUCUCUCACCUAGUCACUGCGGCUAAGGGUCUAUUUGCGCGAUCAGAGUCUCAAGAGGCAGAUCCUGCUGUCGCCUCCGCCGCAACCACAUCGGAAAUGGCUACUUCCACUCGACGAGAGACCGCGGCCAAAGAUGCCUCCAAGUCGCCGAGAACAAACGCUUAUGUGAAGCAUGGACAGCAAGGAAAGCGCAAGGCACCGACCGAUGAGCAGCAAACUAAGCGGCGAAAGCGGAAUAGCCUGGAGGCUGCGGAGAGUGACGAUGAGGAAACCAGCUCUCCUAAGACAGAGAAGAAAUCAACAGAGUCUGAGCCCAAGAGCCACUUCCGAUUUGGUAGUGAGGAACCUGCCGUGCCGGAGCCCCAGCCUGAACAAAUCACCCAAGCACAGAACGACGACGAGGAAGACGACAGUAGCGAUGAUGAUGAGGCGCCCGAGACAAUCGAUAAUUCCGCUCAACUCUUGCAGAUGAAGGAGAAGGCAAAAAAGCAAGAAAAAGCGAAGCAAUUAGAGGAACAACUAAAGAAGGAAAAGCGGAGGAAACUUGAUGCGCGCCGCAAGUUGCAAGCCAAGUCAAAGGUCAAGGAGGCUACUGGCAGCGACGAUCUACUUUCCGAAAGCACAGCCACCCUCCAGGGCUCAAACACACAAGACGCACGCCGGAGUGCUCUGCCCGCAUUGCUGCCCGAUGACAUCUUGAACGCCGAACCUGCAACCCGAGCUCUGACACCCCCAGCAGAAGACUCAUCCGUGCCGAAGAAGUCGAAUAAGCUGCGGUUCCUCGACAAAACAGAGAAGGCCCCCAAGGAUGUGCAAGUGGGCGAUGUUACCAUUCGAGUGCUUGACGCACCUUCCGCAAAGCGGAAGUCCACCACGACCCUCGCUCCCAAGGCCUCUAAGGCUGGACGGAAUGUAAAGGAUACCUGGAUGAGGGGACAGCGAAGUACCGGACAUGUCAACGGAUUGCGCAGGACUGCGGGUGGUUCCUCGGGGUUUGUGCGCCGUUGA